AACUUGACCCCCAGGUACCCCCGGUACUCUCCGGGGAGCACUAAAGUUUACAUUUCCUGGUGUAAAAACAAAGAUGUCGCUGGCCGAAUUCUUGCGAAUUUUGUACCAAUGGCAAUGGUUACCAUUCCUAGGGACCUUCUCAGGGUUUUACCUUGCCUAUUAUUUUUUGCAUGUGGUGCAGAAGCCAAAGAUUUUCGGUAAAGAUGGCCCAUUUCGGCGAUUUCUUCAGAAUGAGUGUGCAGUGUUAUCCGAUUAUUACUGGCCAACGAUCUGGUGUUUUGGAGCCCAUGCACAAACUGUCGUUAGGGCUUUGUUACGAUCCAGACCUCCAGUUCCAUUCAGAAGGGAGACUCUGGAUACUCCCGACGGUGGCAUCAUGUGUCUCGAUUGGUUUGACCAUGAAAACAGCCAUUAUACCAAUCCACUCCGACGUCCCACAGUGCUUGUUCUUCCUGGACUAACAGGUGGGAGUGAGACUAGUUACUGCAGACAUCUUGUUCUUCAAGGAGAAAAGCUGGGCUAUAGGACAAUCAUAGCUAAUCACAGAGGAUUUGGGGCAUCACAGCUUAAGACACCUCGGACGUUCUGUGCAGCAAACACAGAAGACCUGAAGUUUGUAAUUGACUACAUUCAUGGCAUUUACCCUGGGUGCCCUGUGUUAGCUGUGGGGAUAUCUAUGGGAGGGAUGAUUUUGAUGAAUUAUUUAAAUGAGAUGAAGGAUGCUGAUUGCGGGCUUAUUGCUGGGCUAGUAGUAUCCAUCCCAUGGGAUUGUGCAGAGUCUACUGUCUCAUUAGAACAGCCACUGAACUUCCUACUCUUCAACCGACGGUUGACUGGAAAUCUAGUCAGGAUGGUGAAAAGCAAUCUUAAUGUAUUUCAAGGGCGUCACAACUUGUACGACAUCAAUCAUGUGUUAAAUGCGAAGACAGUGCGAGAGUUUGAUGAGCGCUUCACAUCACCUACGUUUGGUUACAGUAACUACGAGGAGUACUACAAUGCGGCUUCACUUCAUACAAAGCCAUUACACACUAUCACGGUCCCUGUGCUUUGUUUGACUGCGGCUGAUGACCCGUUCUCUCCCCUUCAUGCAAUUCCUCUGAAGACCAUCGGGAACAACCCUCUGUUUACGCUAGUGCUUACUGCGUACGGCGGUCACAUCGGGUUUAUUGAAGGCGUAAUGAUACACGAGCAAAAUUACAUGGACCGCGUGUUCGCACAGUUCGCCAAAGGCGUCUUUGACAUGGAAGACACGGGAGAAUGGCAAAAACUUGUCAGCGAGACGAGAGAACUGGCGAGAGAGUCAGGCGACGCGACAGCGAGUGAAUAAAGAUACCCUUCAAGACAUGACGUCACAUUUGACGUCACGUCACAUCAGUGGCUUGUCCCAUGGAAUUGGUUGCAUGACGUCUCCUCAAUGGCAUGACGUCACCAGAUACUUAGCAACAGGAGUGGUUGUGUGAUUUUGCAUUUGCGGAAUCUGCGUAACCAAUGUAACGUCAUAUUGACGGCAUGAUGUCACAUCAAGAAUUUUAAAACAGGCAUGAAGUCAUAUGCCACUCUAUAUCGGGUGUAUGACGUCACUUAAGUUAAAAGACACCAUAAAUAUAUUAUCUGGCAAAUGGCACCACUUUGAAUGCGGCAUGGAAUCACAUCAACUACGUUAUGUCAUUUUCUUUUUUUUCACAACUAGUGCGUGACAGCAGUAAAGCAGCAUAACUUGAUAGUCAAACAUUGUCGUCAGAAUAUUAAUUAAUAACGACAUAACAGGUUUAUGUUGUUGCCCCUAGGCAUGACGUCACUUCCGGUAAAAGCAUGUGUCGUGAAUAUUUAGAUGAAAAAAUAAGUAUUUGAUAACAUGAAACGUUUGGAAUAUUUUACAAGGUGUAAUGAGUGAAUCAUAUUUAUCUUGAACUUGUUGUAUAAAGCCAUCUAAAAAGAUAUUUAUUGAACCAGGAAUAUUAAUGUCAACGUUUCUACUUGUUAAAUGGACGAAAUAUUUGAAAAUAAUAAUUGAAUGAAAUUUUGCUAUGAAUAAUAUAAUAAUUGUUAGAUACUUGUUAUUAUAGCUUUACAAGUAAUACAUAGUUUUUAAUAUAAUAUAAAGUUGUAUUUCUAUUUGUGUGUCGCAAUGCUUGCAAAUCCUGACAUAAAAUACCAACUUUCCCUGUG